GCUUGGGUCUGGCUACAACUAAUAAUGUAUGAUAAUCCAAUGCACAGGUUUGUGGUUGAAGGACUGAUAGUCAACUAAGGUCAACCAAAAGGUCCUGCAAAAUGGAUUUCAAGGUGGAGAUGGGUUCAGCGUGGGCAACAGCACAGCAGAAGCAGAACCUGAGGAGACAUGUGCAGCAGAGUGAUGAAACCAGCUGCAACCAGCCACUUCAGAUGUACCUGGUGCCACCAACAGGGGAUGUGUCCCUGGAGGACUUCGAUAUUUUAGCUGCAGAGCGGUUGCAAGUGUUGCGCACCUUCGAGCGCGCCGGCCACGUGGGCAAGCAGAAGUUCUCCAGUGAAUGGGUCGACUUCGUGCUGGCCGAUCUGAGGCGACAGAAACUGACGACGUACACCCAGCUGCUGUCGGGCUCGGCGGCGCCGGAGGCCCUGCGUCGGGACCACGUGUCGCACUUCAUCCUGCGGCUGGCCUACUGCCGCUCCGACGAGCUGCGCACCUGGUUCGUGCAGCACGAACUCGACCUGUUCCGGCUGAGAUUCCAGACUCAGACAAGGAUGGACCUCGAAAUCGGUAAUUUCCUGGCGGACAAUGGAAUCCACCUGGAGCCGGUGAGCGAGGAGACGGUACGCCGCCUGCGGGACCAGCUACAGGCCGCCACCGCCCGGCUGACGGCCAGCGCGCUCGAGCUCACUCAGUGGUACACGGUGCCGUUCGUCGAGGCACUGGAGCUGGUGCGCGCGCGCCGCGUGCUGCUCGCCGCCGGCCAGGCGUAUAUCCCGGCGCACGACUUGGGCUCCAUCGUGGCCGCCAAGUUCCGCCACCACCUGCAGCACGCGCUGGCGAUGGCGCGCCGCCUCUUGCCGGUGGUGGAGGAGGACGCCCGGCUCAAGACGAUGCUGAACGACUUCGACAAGCGCUACACGGGCCGCGACUACUCGGCGGCCAAGACCGACGAGAACGCCGUCACGCCCGACAUGCUGGACGAGCUGUCCAGCCAGUCGUUCCCGCCCUGCAUGCGCCAGCUGCACGAGCGGCUCCGCGCCAACCACAAGCUCCUCCACGGCGGCCGCAUGCAGUACGGCCUCUUCCUGAAGGCGAUCGGGCUCUCGCUCGACAACGCCAUCGCCUUCUGGCGCGAGGAGUUCACCAAGAUCAUGGACUCGGAUAAGUUCCACAAGCAGUAUCUGUACAACAUCCGGCACAACUACGGCCAGGAGGGAAAGCGGACCUCCUACAGCGCGCACCCGUGCAGCAAGAUCCUGGCGGCCGGCUCCAAUGACUCCGGCUGCCCUUUCAAACACUACGACAAAGACCACAUGGGCAAGAUGCUCAGGGCAUACGGAAUCGACAAGGAGGGCUCGGCGGAGGUGCAGGAGCUGGCAGCCCGCUCGCAGCCGCAGCUCGCCUGUCAGAAAUACUGGGAGCUCGUGCACCGGCGCCCGUUCGAGGGCGUCGUGCAACACCCGAACCAGUACUACGAGGAGAGCAGGAAAGCGCUGACCGGAUCGCGAACCAAGACCGACCGAGGCCUGGACCGGAGUCGCGUCAUCCGCGCCAACGUGCCGGCGACGCCGGCCGCCCCGACCGCCGACUGGGACAGCGACGUCGAGAUGAGCGAGGAGCAGCAGCUGACGCUGGAGCGGGCCGACUGAGGCGGCGGCGCCGGCCGCCCCGACCGCCGACUGGGACAGCGACGUCGAGAUGAGCGAGGAGCAGCAGCUGACGCUGGAGCGGGCCGACUGAGGCGGCGACGCCGGCCGCCCCGACCGCCGACUGGGACAGCGACGUCGAGAUGGGCGAGGAGCAGCAGCUGACGCUGGAGCGGGCCGACUGAGGCGGCGACGCCGGCCGCCCCGACCGCCGACUGGGACAGCGACGUCGAGAUGGGCGAGGAGCAGCAGCUGACGCUGGAGCGGGCCGACUGAGGCGGCG